UUACGAUGAAGUGUCCAUACGAUCAUAGGCACGGAAAUCUAUUUUUUGAGCACACUUAAUAUGGAAAAACGUGAGAAGGAAAUUAGGAAGGAAGAAAUAAGGAAAAAGAAAUUAGAAAAAUUUAACGAAAAGCUAAAAAUUCAAGAUAAUGAGAAAAAAACAAAAAAAAAGGAAACUAUAAAUAAAAUUGAACAUGAUUUAGUUACAUAUGAUAUAAAAACUGCUCUAGGUGAGAAGAAAGAUACAAUCAAUUCUUUACCUAUUGGUUAUUCGCCAAAUUUUGUGGAGGCAUGUUGGUAUGAUUGGUGGUUAAAAAUGGGACUUUUUAAACCUGUUUUUAAAAAUGAUGAAUCAGAAAAAUUUAUUAUGUGUUUACCUCCUCCAAAUGUUACAGGCACACUGCACUUGGGACAUGCAUUGACUAUAGCAAUACAAGAUAGCUUGGCAAGAUGGCACAGAAUGAGUUUACAUGAAACACUGUGGAUUCCGGGAAGUGAUCAUGCUGGAAUAGCAACACAAGUUAUUGUUGAAAAACAGUUGCAAAAAAGCUCACCAGUUACCCCCAAUAUACGACAAACACUUGGCCGCCAAACAUUUAUCAAAAAAGUAUGGGAAUGGAAACAUAUAAAAGGCAAUGAAAUAUGUAAUCAAGAAAAGGCAUUAGGGGCUUCUUUAGAUUGGUCUAUGGAAUACUUUACUAUGGACCAAAAGUUUUCAUCAGCUGUUGUUGAAUGUUUUGUGAGGUUACAUGAACAAGGGCUUAUAUAUAGAAGUAAUCGAUUAGUUAAUUGGUCAUGCUCUUUAAAAAGUGCCAUUUCAGACAUUGAGGUUGAGAAAAGAGAAAUCAAUACCAAAACUUUAUUGAAAGUCCCUAAUUUUAAAGAUGGCGUAGAAGUUGGUAUUCUUUCAUAUUUUGCAUACAAAGUUAUGAAGAUUGAUACAAAUAGUGGAAAAGUUAAUGAUGAAGACGAGAUAGUAGUUGCGACGACAAGAUUAGAAACAAUGCUAGGGGAUACGGGCAUCGCUGUUAAUCCUCAGGAUAAAAGAUACUCUAAAUAUUUAUCUCAUAAUGAAUCACCUUAUAAAUAUCAAGUUAUUCAUCCUUUCUCCAAAGAUAGACUGAUUCCUAUCGUUUUCGAUAAAGCUAUUGAUAUUCAUUUUGGAACUGGGGCCGUUAAAAUAACGCCCGCACAUGAUUUUGAUGAUUACGAAAUUGGGCUAAGACACAAUUUGGCAACUAUCAAUAUAUUUACUGAAGAUGGACGAAUGAAUGAACAUUGUGGACCUUUUAUUGUAAAUUUAUCAAAUCAAUUAUCUUUAUUUUUUUUAAAUACCAAGGGUUUACACAGAUUUGAAGCUCGAAUUUUGAUAGAAAAACAUUUGAAUGAUAUGAAUUUGUUCCGGGGGAAAAAGGAACACUCAAUGCUUAUUCCAAUUUGCAGUCGUUCUAAAGAUAUAAUUGAACCAAUGAUCAAACCUCAAUGGUAUUUAAGCUGUAGUGAAAUGGCUAUAAAUGCUAAACAAGCUGUAGCAGAGAAGCGUUUAAUAUUGAUUCCUUCCUCGUACGAUGUUACCUGGAACACUUGGAUGAACAACAUUAGAGAUUGGUGUAUAUCAAGGCAACUUUGGUGGGGACAUCGUAUUCCUGCUUAUAAAAUAUCUCAUACUUUUUCAAAAGAGGAUGAUGAUGAAAUAUGGAUUGCCGCUCGUAAUGAAAACGAAGCCUUAAUUAAAGCUAAAAACAUUUUAAAAACAGACGAAUUAAAUAACAUUCGUUUAAUUCAGGAUGAAGAUGUAUUAGAUACGUGGUUUUCAUCAGCCUUGGUACCAUUAGCCACAUUGGGAUGGCCAAAUAUUGAAAACGAUGAAUUCCAACGUUACUUUCCAAAUACCUUUUUAGAAACGGGUCACGACAUUUUAUUUUUUUGGGUAGCAAGAAUGGUUUUUUUGUCUCAAAAGUUGACUGGUCUCUUACCAUUUAGACAAGUAUUUUUACACGCUAUGAUUAGAGACGCACAUGGCAGAAAAAUGAGUAAAUCUUUAGGAAACAUUAUUGAUCCCAUUGACGUAAUUAAGGGCAUCACAUUAAAAGAGUUGAAUGAAAAAUUAUUGAUUGGAAAUUUAGAAGAGACAGAAUAUGAAAAGGCUAAACAAGGUCAGAAAAUAGAUUUCCCAAAUGGGAUACCUCAAUGUGGAACGGAUGCUCUCAGAUUUGCACUUUGUGCCUAUACUAAUCAAGGUAAGGACAUAAAUUUAGAUGUCAAUAGAAUUGUUGGAUAUCGACAUUUUUGUAAUAAAAUUUGGAACGCAACAAAAUUUGUAUUGAACAUUUUAAAUUCACAGAGCCUAGAACUUGGCUGUCAAGAUUUUCACAAAAUGAUGAAUAAUGAGGGACGUGAAUUUCAGGAUAUGGAUACCUGGAUUCUACAAAUGUUAUCUGAAUGUGUUGAAAAAUGCGAUAAAGGUUUUAGGGAAUAUAAUUUCCAGCUUGUUACCAAUGCUCUCCACAAUUAUUGGCUAUAUCAAUUUUGUGACAUUUACAUAGAAUAUGCUAAACCGUAUUUGUAUGAUAAACUGAUUCCAACUUUCGCUGUGACCACAUAUAAAGAUGUUAUUAAGAGAAUUCUAUUACAUUGCUUGUAUAAUUUUCUAAAAUUACUUCACCCAUUUAUGCCCUUUAUAACUGAAGAGUUAUAUCAAAGAAUCAUUCCUCAUAUAAAUUUUUUAUAUAAAGACCAUGAUAUUAAACAAUCUAUAUCUAUAUCGACUUAUCCAAACAUAUUAAAUUUCAAUUAUUGCAAAAACUUGCUAUUAAAUGAAACGAUUGCUUUAAUUAUGAACACGAUCAAAGGUAUCCGGAAUAUUCGACAGGAAUAUAAUAUUUUAAAAGCCGAUUUAGAAGUAAAUAUUUUAUGCAUGAUGGAUCAUCCUGUCAAUGACGCUAACACAAUCAUAUGCCAAAUUAAAAAUUUAAAAAAUUUUAUUAUAUCAUCAACUGCACCCUUAAAAGAAUUAAAUAUAAAGAGUAUAUAUGGAGAUCAUGAGCCUUAUAAAAAUUGCAUCUAUUUUACAUCUCCCUUACCAAAUUAUAAUUUCAAGUGUAUAACUUAUAUAUCUUUAGAGGGUCUCAUCGAUGUAGAUAAAGAAAGAAAUAGGUUAAUGGCUAAACAAAGUAAAUUAUUGGAAUCAUUAGAUCAUUUGAAACGUAUAACAUCUGACCCUAACUAUAAUAUUGACAUUGUUGGGAGUCAAGUUAUUCAAAUAAAUGAAAACAAGAUGACAUCAUAUAAAACUGAAAUGCAGGAUAUAGAAAAACUUUUAUCUAAUCUACAUUAUUAAGAUAUUAAUCAAUUGUUAAAAAUUUACAAUAUAAAAAGAAUGUUAAUUUUUGUAUUAUAAAUGUAAAUCUUUUAGGGGAAAAAAUUGGAUAAACAAAUUUAGCCUUAAACUGGAUAGUUAACAGAAGCAAGAUAUGCCAAUCAGGACAACUAAAUCAUUUUAUCAAAUCACAACGCAAUUUUUACUGAAUGACAAUAUUACAUGAAUAAAUAUUUUAUCCCCCCCCCCAUCUUAGAAAAAAUAAUAAGUCGAAAAAAAUUAGUGUAGAAAAAUCAUACACACUCUUAUCCUUAUUUCCUCGUCUCUUCCAUUCUUAUAGUAUUUCAAUAACGAUCCUCGUCAUACCCACCCCCAUGGUAUUAGUGCCUAUUAUCAUGA